GGCCAUGAGUGUGACUACCUGGCUGGGGAGUGAAGCCAGAGGGCAGAAGUGCCCUGGAGUGCAGACCCCAGCAGACACUGACCAGGCACAGGAGGAUGAAGUGAGUUUGUUGGGGACAGAGAACAGCCAAGGGGCAGCCAGCAGUCAGCUCAAGUCCUCACAAAGAAGGGCAAUACCACCCGUGGGCCCGGACAGUCGGCUCGAGGGCCAACAGCCAGGAACGUGGCGAAGAACUUGGAUCUGAGGUGGGCCCAUAGUGUAGCUGUGGUGUGCUAGCAAGAGUGGCCUCCAAACCCACCCUGGAAGGUGAUCCAGAGACCAUAGAGCAGAAAGGCUUCCUUCUCAGAGUGAGCUGCUGGAAGCCCACCAGUGUCAGCAGUGCCAAGAGGAGCUGGGGUGCCAGUAUCUGUGUAUCUUCAGAGGCAGCAGGGGCCAGCGUGCCACAUCUUGCCCCAGUCCUGAAAGGAUAGAUGGUACUUGGCCUGUGACCCUUGGCUGAGGAGCCAUGGUCCGGCUCUGCCAGGCCCUGCUGCUGUUAGUGGCCACUGCGGCCCUUGCAUCCAGAAGAGUCCAAGCCUGGGGCUCAACGAAGGUGGUGAGGACAUUCCAAGAUAUCCCUCAAAACUACAUCUAUGUGCAGCAGGCACUCUGGUUCGCCAUGAAGGAGUAUAACAAGGCCAGCAGAGACAAGUUCAGCUUUAGGGUGCUGAAGGUUCUGAAGAGCCAGGAGCAGGUAACAGAUAGUUUGGAGUACUAUAUUGAGGUCAAAAUUGCCCGAACAAUUUGCAAGAAAAUUUCAGAAGAUGAAAACUGUGCAUUUCAAGAGAAUCCCAAAAUGCAAAAGGUGGUUUUUUGUACUUUUAUUGUUGCAUCUAAACCAUGGAAAUUUGAACUCACCAUGCUGAAGAAACAAUGCAAAGAUAUGUAGUUAUCUUCUAGCGUGUUCUGCCACACUCAUUUCCAUUUUAAAGAAGAAGCAAAGACACUUGCAAGAACUAGAACAACACAGUUAACCCAUUAACUUCAUUUGUUUGGCCUUUUUGCAUUUUUGUGUGUUCUUCAUGGGCUGAUGUUGAAAAUCCAUGAUGUGUUUUGACAGCAUUGCAUAGCCUAUUCUUGCUGGAUACUUCCCCUACUAGCUGGGAUAAUCUGCUGCAAUAAAUGGAAGUGGUUUCUACACCUCA